AUGCAGUUGGGUCAGAUGCAGUGUGGCUUCGGGGCCACCUUAUAUGCUGCCGUUGGUUUCGCCUUACAUGCGUGGAUUCUGCAGUCCUCCACUAGGCCGGAAGCCUCGGAUCAAGAGUUCAAUACGACGGCCACCUUCUCCGCAGCCAUGCCGCAGUUCCGGUCGCUUCGCUCGCCCGUGGAUGAACGAUUCGUCGGCCGCAGCCGUCUUGGUCUCCACUCCGUUUCUCAGCUUCCGAAGCCUCCUCCGGGCGCCGACUCCAGCGUCAGGAUCGGGAUGGCGGGGUCGGACCAGUCGGCCAGCGGCGGCCUCGUGCCUGUUAUGGCACCCCAUAUUUUCCAGUUUCCGAGUAAUCCCGCCGGCAUCACUACAAUGAGCCAGUACUGUCACCAACAGGCAUCCCCUGAGCAUUUCAACCUUGAGUCCAUGUCGCGUUGCGGUCCAUAUCUUGCCUCACUCAUCGGGCUGCAAUAUGCCAUCAGGAGGAUCACACGACACCUCAUUGAAAGCGACCUUGCCGCGCCUGUAGCUGUUUCUUUACGGUGUUCUUGGGUUCACAAAGAGAAGGGGAAAUGGCGGAGGUGGGCGCUCAUCGACUCAUCCUCCACAGCCACCCUUAGCCUGGCGCAACCUCCUUGUCCUGGAUCCCGGCUGCCUCUUACCAAAUCACGACCUCUCGACCCUUUUUCAUUUCCACCCCUCUUGACUCUGGCCAGUGGUCUCGUCGCUUUUCCACACUUCAUCAUCCCCAGAUCUCAACGUUUUCUUAGCACACUUCAUCUCAUCCGCCCUUUUGCGUUCCAGUCACAUGUCGCAUUCGACAACCUUCCUUUGGGCGAGGCGACUAAGAACAACACGCUUUCGCUGACGUUGAAUGUCCGUCACCGGGGGUACCAAGCGCAACGACGAUCGCGCACCUUCAUGGUCGGCGUCGACGAGCAUGCUUACUCCGACUAUGCGUUGCAGUGGCUACUCGACGAGCUAGUCGACGACGGAGAUGAGGUUGUCUGUGUGCGCGUUAUUGAGAAGGAGCUACGAGCCGCCGAAACGAACAAAAUAUACCAGGAAGAGGCGAAGAAGGUCAUGGAUGGCAUCCUGAAGCGCAACGGCCUGAACCGAGCCAUCAGUAUUGUACUGGAGUACGCGAGUGGAAAACUCCAUGCGACAUUCCAGCGACUGAUCCAAAUUCACCAGCCUGCAAUGCUCAUCGUUGGCACGAGGGGCCGGUCGCUCGGUGGCCUCCAAGGCCUGGUCAAUACGCGCAAUUCCUUUUCGAAGUACUGUUUGCAGUACUCGCCUGUUCCUGUUGUCGUCGUCCGCCCGACGGAGAAGCGGGAGAAGAAGAAGAAUAAGAGAAAGAACGAUACGGAACGGCAGACAUAUGUCAGGAUGCUGUCAGCGACAGGCGGAAAGCACGAGGCCGACAGCGAGAGAAGCAGCAUGUAUGAAGUGGAAGUUCACAACACGGCGGACGAAGAGGCACAUCAAGUCGCCAAAGCGCUAGGAUUGCCUGCGGCAUUUGACCCAACUAUCAAGCCAGUCGACCUCAAUGCUCUUCUGCAUCCGAGACACCAAUCAGCGCCAUCCAAUCUCGCACAAACGAGCAGCGCGGGCACGGGUAGAUCAUCCGCCCCGCCUAGUGCAGCGGGCGACAGCGAUGAGGAAGAUGACGAUGAUGAGGACGAGUUCGAGACGUUCUCUGGCGACCAGCUUAUCAACUCGUCGCAGAUGGACAAGCUCCACAAGAUGGAGGCCAACGAGGCGGCAGCCCUCAAGCAACGAAAGUCGAGUUUGGACUCUAGCGCCAGCGGAGUAGAUGAUGACGAAGACGAGGAGUCCAAAGCCUCGCGACACAGCAGCAACAGCUGA